GAUGGCGACUUCCACGGAUAUAAAUCUGAGCGAUAAAGACGACGCCGAAAAUAUUUUGUAUGAUCUGCUUGUACUCGCGGAAUGGCCAAAGGAGCCAGAAACCUUGACUACGGUCAUUGCAGAGAAACCCAAAGGAUCCCUUGUUGGAAAGUUAUCCUCUGCUGCUUACAGAUCAGCAUGGACAUUUUUGCGCAGCACUGGACUGCCAUUGAGGACGUCAACUCCUUGCUCCCUUCCAGCAGCUCUCAUCAAGCUGAUCAACGCUCAGAUCAGCUGGCAUAUGGCCACCACAAGCAAUGAUCGGUUAUUAGCCAUUCUAGAAGAAAGUUGUAUCGAGAUACGAUCGGCUAGAGAUGACUACACCUCAAGUCUUGGCAAAUGCUCAAUUCCAAAGGAUCUGUACCCUCAGUGGAGAAAGCUAACUUGGAGUCCAGACGCCACCAUGCUAGCCUGUUCGGACAGCAGUGGCAACGUACGUGUUGUGGACCUCAUGGGUAGCAUUCUGUUCACAAUUGAGAAGACAUCCCGACAGCAGCAGCUUCCAGGAACUCCCUUGGACCUCAGCUGUGCCGUGGCAUCUCUCAUCUUCACCCAGCACAAGAAAAGCACAAAAUGGUCAACUGAGCUGAUUGUAAUAACAUACCACGGCAGUCUACAUAGCUACUUAGUCAGUCCAACAGAUGGCUACGUCCUCAAUCACUGCUUCCAGUUUGGUAGCGAGCAUCCAUUGGGUGUCAGCAGUGCUGUGUACCUACACACCCGCUCAUUGCUUCUGAUUGGCUCCUGCUCACAGGAGGAAGGGCAGGAUGCAGUUACCAUGGCAACGAGACAUGGCAUCAGUGCAUGGAGGCGGUUGGAUGAGGAACCGUACUACAAACUGGUGACUGACUAUUCUGGAGAGAUCAAGAAGUCUGGAAGUUCUCGCCGUCUUCUCCGAAGGAUGACAUCUAUUUCAAUCUUCCACAGAGUGGACAAACAGGAUGGAAUCUACAAGAUGUGCAUGUCACCGGAGGGAAAGCAAUUGGUGACUGUUCAUCAAUCAGGUCUGGUCUCUCUCUGGGACGUACCAUCUCUCAAGAACAGGGGAAUCUGGUCUCCAGAAAGUCAGCCUGGGUAUGAUGAGCAGAAUCCAAACAUUCUGAUUCCAUCCAAGAAGAAGCCAGCAGAAGGUCAACCAGCAUCUCAUUCUUUGAUUGAUGUCAACUUUUGGUCUGAAAAGGCCUUGAUCUUGGCCCGUUACUCAGGUGCUGUGGCUGUGGCCUCCACAAGGCACCUGACUAAUCUCCUGGGCGAUUCUUGUGAGUGGUUUGAGCCGGCGCCAAGAGUCAACAUAGCCUCUGACAAAGGGUUCCUGUCAAUUGAAUGUGAGAGCAAAACGUCCGCCCUGAAGCGUCGACGCAUGCCGUCUGAUCGCGAUGCAGAUGACAGUAAGAACCAACCUCCGGAGAAUGAGGACGGGGAUGAUAGUGACGACGAUGAUGAUGAUGAAGAUGUGACGAUGCUCACAAGAACAACCAAACUCAUGAAACAGGCAAUGUACUUCGUCACAGAAAGUGAUAGAUUUCAACCACCGAGGAAGCGUCCAAAAGUUGUGAGUCGGACAUAUCGUCUGGUGAGUCUCCAGAAAACGACACCAGAGGAAUUGUAUGCCAGAAGGAUUGAGAAUGAAGAGUAUGGUGAAGCUCUUGUCUUGGCCCGACGCUUCAAUCUGGAUGCAGAUCUUGUGUACCAGAGGCAAUGGAGAAAAGCUCGUGUCUCCAUCGCAGCAAUACAGGAUUAUUUGAGUAAAAUCACCAAGCGUGCCUGGGUGCUUCAUGAGUGCUUAGAGAGAGUGCCUGACGACAUUGAUGCAGCUAGGGAACUCCUGCAGUAUGGCCUAAGCGGCACGGACCUAGAAGCUCUCAUCGCCAUUGGCAGUGGAGAGGACCAUGGCAGGUUUAUUUUAAGUUCUGAUGUCGAUGAUGAGGAUAAUAUGGACCAACUGGAUCACUCCCAGGGCACUCAUCAAGAACCAUCCACCAAAGAGAAGAGAGAACGACUGAUAGGACAAGUCAACUUCAAAAGUUUAACACUGGAGCAGAGAGAACUGUGCCGUUGUCGUCUUAAAUUGUUGACAUAUUUGGACCGACUGCAAACAUAUGAGGUGAUAUUGGGAGGUGGAGAGGCAGCUUCCAGAUUUUACAGCGAUCAUUUCUUCAAGACAUUCCGUUCUCAGAAUAUUGUGGAAGCAGCUAUGCAGUUUGCCAGGGAUUCUGAUUGGCAGGCUGUCGAGACGCUUUUCACUCACCAUGGCAAUGACCUCUUACCUCAUUGGUUGAUGAUCCUCAAUAACUUCCCAGAGACCACCUCACCAACAGAGUACAGCAGCCUCCUUCCUGAAGUAAGCAUUAGUUCUAAUGCUAAUCCUGAGGUACUAGACUGGGAGAUGGCAGAGCAACGUGAGGCCGAUUGGUGUGAAGGGGAAAACUGCCAAUCAGCCAUCAAUCCUACCCCUAUGGACUAUGGAGCCUUCCUAUAUGAAGACCAACCCGAAUUGGCUCAUUUUAGGGCUGCCAAGUUAAGUAAAGUGUUGCUAACUGACUGGUAUAUUUGGAGAGCAAAGGCGAUAGAACGACGGUCGAGACAGGUUGACAAUGCUGUGGAACUGAUCAAUCUAGGAAUAGAGAGAAAUGUUCAGGGCCUUGAAAGCUUGCAAGAUGAUCUGUUGACGCUAGAGGUUGUAACCUAUGAAUGUCAGACAGAAGCAAGUAUAACUCUGGAUGGCCUCCAAUCCAUGACUGAUGUGGACAAGAUCCAUCUCAUGAUGAAUAAGUCGCCCAAGAAUAUGUAUGUCAAGAAUAUCAAGCGCUGGGUGAUACCAUUUCUGGAGAGGUGUGAGAAACAGGCUCCUGGACAAAAGAAGGAGUUGAUGACACAAUAUAUGCUGACCAUGGCUAAGGAGGAUUUGACCAACUGCGUGAUGAUAUUUGAAAACUCAAAGCCAACGAUUCCAAAUGGUAUUAUCAAGGAGAGUGACUAUUUGAUGAGUCUAGCAUUGCAGUGUGUGUACGCCAGUGAUCGGGAUGACCAGCUAAGUCAUUCCCUAGCCAUCUUGGAUUGCAUGCCAAGAAGAAGUUUCGGGAUGCAGUCAGAGGAGAUGUCCAACCUCCAUAACCGACUGGGUCAUCUCUCGGACCAUCUCCGAGCAGCUGAGAUCCUGAUCAAGCAUGACGUGCCCAAGCCUCCGCGAUUCAUACGAGAUUCUGAGACAGAUGAGGACCAGGCCAAGGCAUUGAUGAUCAGACUGUCCAGGCAGGCAGCGAGAAGGAAGUCACCAUUGAAUGCCGGGGAUUGGAAACAACUUCUGAGGGAUAUGUUGGAGCUUCAACGCAAGGUCUACACCUGCUUGGAGCCUCAACUCUGCUACGAGAUUUACACUGAGAGCUUACUGGGAUCCAGCUCCCUUUCCAACAUCCAGCUGGCUGGUGAGAUGCUGACGCGCUCCUCUUCUUCCUCUCAAGACCCUGUCUCCACCUCUGGUGACCAUGGUGGGAUCGCAUCAUCUGCAACAUCACGGAUCAGCUACAAGAGGUCGGUGGAGCUGGUGCUGUCAGCAGCUAAAGAAUAUUUCAACUCGUCUGCUGAUCUGAUGGAUUCUUGCAUGGAUUUAGCCAGGUGUUGUCUUCAGCUGUUGCAUGACUGUCCACCAGGUGUGCAGGAAGAGUUAGAUCUCAUAGCUAGCUUGGCUCUUCUUGAUGACUACAAUGUCUCCAUUCUCCCUUUACAAGUGAGGUUGUGUGCAGAUCGUCUGGAACUUAUCCAAAAAGUUUUGUCAUCAAUGCAGAGCUCCUACAGGGACUCAAAGCAGCUUCUUCGUCUAGCAAAAUUAUUACGUGUCUCGGGUACCAGUGAAGUAGAGAGAAAGGGCCAAGUGUUGUUACAAGUUGCUGAGGCUGCUUUGGCUGCUGCAGACUACCGGGCAAUGCACCAUACAUGCAUUGAGCUGAUACAAGCAGGUUAUAGUCCAGGAUGGAGCGUGUGCUACAAACUGGCCAAGGCUGAGGAAUUCAGAGAUCUCACCGCAAAACGAGAGCUGCUAGCCUUUUCACUUGCUCAUUGUGAGGAGGCAUCGCUUGAAGUCAUCCUUAAAGCCAGGAAUUCUUUGGAAAUGCAGAUAUUGUGUCUGUCAGUAAAUGUCCAUUCAUCAUCAAGUGUGCCAACAAAUCCUCCUGCAACCUCUGCUGCUGAUGAUGAUCAUGGUGAGGUUGCUAUGGAAACAGAAAUUGAGACACAGCCAUUACAGCAUGAAGAUCAGACUGUACUUCAAGCCGCUCUCGGCAAAACCACAGCCAAGACCAGACAGGUUUUGGCUGCCACAAGCACUACAACCAAAGCAGUGCUGGCUGCGGUCGGUGACAGAAGAUGGUGGAAGGACACAUUGAAGUGGAUGCGUCCUCUGGCUGGAGGCAGCCAUGGUACAGAGGAGGAAUAUGGGGUCAGAGGUGAAGGGAAUGUCAAGAUGGAUCAUCAUGGUUGCCAUCCGUUUUACAGGAUGGUGAUCGAUAAUCAUUUUGUUGCAAUGGAACAGAUGAAUUAUGGGCUAUACCGUGAAAUGCAGAUUGACAGGACGCCAUUGAAGCUCAGUCAGGAUCUCUUACAUGCUGGAUUGAUGGAGGGAACCAGUGAACCUAAUCUGGUUGCACAAAAUGAAGUUUUAUUACAAGCAGCACUGGAAGUCAUGACCUUUGACCUCACUCUUGGCCUUUGCUAUUUGCUAGCAUUACCAAAUCCUUUAGAUGCCGAGCAUUGCUUUGAGCAACUUCCACGUACUGCCAUGACCCUACAACUAGCAGCCUAUUACUAUGCCCUCCAAAUCCAUCACUCCGCCCACCCCAGUCAAGUCACAACCCUCGACCCCGCCUACCGCCUGACCCCCAGUAAGCUGAUUGAUCAGGUGGUGAGUCAGGUGACUGGUGAUAGUGGCCGUGAUUGGUCGGAGGAACAAAAGGGGUUGGUGUCUCAGUUGCAGCAUUACGUGGAACUGUUGGCUGAUUUUACACAGGCCGAGGCAUUACGGGCUUUAGGAAGAGGUGUUGAUGUCGCUAGAUUCACACAGGACAGCAAUUACAAACAUGAAACCAUUCUUGGCCUUGCAAUGACAACAGAAGAGGAAGUGUACAAGCUUUCUGUCUCGUUAGCUCAGCGUUACCAGCUGCCACUGUGGGAGGUGUACAUGACUCAUCUGGAGUAUCUCUUCUCAGAUAGUGGCAUGUCAACUCCAAAACUUGAAGAGUAUGUCACCAAUGCCAACAUACUACCUACUUUGGUCUCACAACCGUCAGACUUCUAUGAUCGUCUCAAUCUCUACGUCUUCCCAACCAUAGAGGGCAAUGAUCACAACCGCCUAAUUUAUUAUUACUCACUUCUCCUGAACUGUGGGUCAAAGGCCAAAGGUGAUUCAGUGACCCCCGAGAUGCAUAUUAAAUCACUGAAGAAGUUGAAAGCAGCAGCUCCAGGUCUUGAUUACAAGAGUUUACUGGACAGUCAGAAUGACCCGGUGGAUGUGAUUGGGCCAGUGUUGAGUGGAUCAAAUGUUCAUGUUAUCGCUAAACUAGCUGCCAAGAUACCACUACAGGGUGGUGGCAAUGUUUCUUCAAGUCAAGUGUUCCUGGCCUACAUCAUUAAGCUCUUCUGGGAAGGAGACCAAGGUAACAGGAGGAUUCCGGAAUCGACAGCUGACUGGCUCCAUCGAUAUGAAGCGUGCGGUGAGUUCUUUGCCCGUCUUGGACCAGCCGAUUUCACUGCAUUCAUUGCGAACGUCGUCUUCCGUGAAAAAUCCAUCCAGAAGCUGGACCUUGAGUGUCGUCAGAACGUCGCCAACCGAGCUUUAAAAUUCAGUCGUCAGCAAUCCGGGAAGCACAAACUAGCUGCAGCAACGGGGAACUUCACCUUAGACUUAGCCAUGGAGAAACUUCAACAGUAUGUCCGUCAUCUACAGAGCUUAGAGUCUGAAGGCGUUCAAGCUCUCAUACAAUAUGAUCAGGAAAUGUCAACAAGUUAUACUGUCAAGUAUGAUCUGACCCAGGGUGACCCUGACAAGCUGCGUACUUUCCUGGUGGACCUGUUGAGUGGCGGCGCAACCCUAGAACUCACUUCCAGACUUCUCAAACUGGCAUCCCUGGACCGAGCGACGCCAUUGUCUGCCAUCCAGCACACCUUGCAGACCUUACUGAGUCUCCUGAAAGGGGAGAGUGAUGGGGCCAUGAUUGGGGCGGAGUUGAAAGAGGAACCACUGGACAUGAUGGAGGUGGUACUGCGUACAGUCAGCAAACAUGAACAGCAAGGUGGUAAGAUGGUAUCUGCUAGUCAAAUUCUUGACGUCUUGAGACCAUUCUACAGUGAUAGUACCAUUGAUGCUAAGCUACGCAUUGAUGUCUUACUGAUCCUGGAAAAGACUUUUGAGCUUGGUAAGGAAGAGGCAUUGUUGCUGCUGUUCUAUCGUACAGAGGCUCUCGUCUCCUCCCUCUGGGAACAACAGGUUGUCGAGGCGGAUGUAGCUACAGAAGAUGCUCGUGAUAAACUCUUCUCAUUGUUGCUAAGAAACAGUCACUCCAUGGAGCAGCUGGUCACGUUGUCACGGUUACUACAGCAAUGGCCGCCACUUCAGAGAACUGAAUUAAGCAACGGUCCUGCCCAUCAUCCGUGGGUAGAGUUGUUAGUUGCUUGGAUACAACAUCCAGACAGCUCUCUGCAUGAUGACACUCUGUUGGACCUGUUUGAAUACUUUCACAUGUAUAGCACCAUCACGACAGAGUGUGUUGAAGUCUUGUACCAAGAGCUGGUUGCCCAGGGCUCCAUGCUGACAGCGAUGAAACUCAUCCUGAUCACUAAGGAAACCAGACUCUAUCCAGUCCUUCUAGAUUAUUUGCAUCAGGAGAAGCAGGUAAGACUGGGUGGGCUAGACAUCGCUUGCAGUGACAUGUACACGCCAGUCUGAGAUGUAACAUGUACAAGCCAAUCUGAGAUGUAACAUGUACAAGCCAGUCUGAGAUGUGACAUGUACAAGCCAGUCUGAGAUGUGACAUGUACAAGCCAGUCUGAGAUGUGACAUGUACAAGCCAGUCUGAGAUGUGACAUGUACAAGCCAGUCUGAGAUGUGACAUGUACAAGCCAGUCUGAGAUGUGACAUGUACAAGCCAGUCUGAGAUGUGACAUGUACAAGCCAGUCUGAGAUGUGACAUGUACAAGCCAGUCUGAGAUGUGACAUGUACAAGCCA